AGCAAUUUCUUGCGUUCCUCAAGCGCUCCGCCCCAUCCGUCCAGCGUUAUUGCAGGGCAGGCAUGUCUACCAUAUCGAAGGUGGUGCUGGGUAUCAGUGUGGUCCUGUCUGUGGGUACGGUAGUUGGAGUGCAUGUGAAGCAGAGACUGGACAGAGAGAGGCUGCGUGAAGGAGUGCUACAAGAUUUGGAAAGGCAGAGUCGGAAGCAGGAGAACCUCCGGCUACUUGAGGAGCAAAUUCAUUUGACCAAACGCCUUGAAGCAGAAAGAGAGAAAAUACUUCUUACCGAGGGCUCCUCCAAAUUUUAG